UUAAGUAAUUAAAGGGCAAAAACAGAAAUGUGACGCGGGCGCCCCGGUAGCCAUGGGGAGUACCGCGGUGCUGCUGCCUGGGAUUGCGUGACUUCCCAGAACCUCCCUUUGGGAUUGAGUUGCUCUCCGGUGCUGCAGGGGGCGCAGGGCUCAGUAUCCAACGCUUACUGGGAGCCAGAAAGGAAGACGGGCCUUCACACACUCCGGAAAAGCCGCGUCUUGCCUGAAUUCUGCUUUGACUGGCCUGGGGAUCCACGCUGCUUGAGACACGGUACCCGGUAUACGGCCGCGUUCAGAUCCGGACACCGUGUACGUAGCAGCCCGCGCGUUCCGUGCUCCCCGGCAGCAGAUCCAGAAGCCGCAGUUUGCGGGAUUUUACCGAGAACCAGCUAAGCAAAUGAGUCUUCACAUGAUCCGGCCCGUUACAUAAGAACGUCCCGGGCGUGAGAUCGAAGCCGACAGCCGCGCGCCUUCCGCCCCUCAGGAUGUCUGAAGGCCUGUACGAGAAGUUCCUGGCUCCGGACGAGCCCUUCCCGCUAUUGUCCCAGCGGGGCAGUGUGAGCGAGGAGGGCUACCUGGAUGUCAGUGAUUUUGGGUGCCAGCUGUCAUCCUGCCACCGGACAGACCCCCUGCGCCGCUUCCACUCUAACCGGUGGAACCUAACAUCCUGUGGAACCAGUGUGGCAAGCUCCGAGUGCAGCGAGGAACUAUUUUCUUCUGUCUCUGUUGGGGAUCAAGAUGACUGCUACUCCUUACUGGAUGAUCAAGACUUUACUUCAUUCGAUCUGUUUCCAGAAGGCAGCGUAUGCAGCGACGUGUCCUCCUCCAUCAGUACCUACUGGGACUGGUCUGACAGUGAAUUUGAAUGGCAGUUGCCAGGCAGCGACAUUGCAAGUGGAAGCGAUGUGCUUUCAGACGUAAUUCCAAGUAUUCCCAGUUCACCAUGUCUCCCAUCCAAAAAGAAGAACAAGCACAGGAACCUGGAUGAACUUCCAUGGAGUGCCAUGACAAACGAUGAACAGGUUGAAUACAUUGAGUAUCUCAGUCGGAAGGUCAGCACUGAAAUGGGUCUUCGAGAACAGCUUGAUAUAAUAAAGAUCAUUGAUCCUACAGCACAGAUCUCUCCAACAGACAGCGAAUUUAUCAUCGAACUGAAUUGUCUGACAGAUGAAAAGCUAAAACAGGUCAGGAGCUACAUUAAGGAGCACAGUCCACGGCAGCGUACCACGCGGGAGAGCUGGAAGAGAACUGGUUACAGUACAGCCAGCACUAGCGGGGUGAGCGGGGCAAGUGUCAGCAGUAGCAGUGCCAGCAUGGUCAGCACGGCCAGCAGCAGUGGUUCUAGCGUGGGCAACUCUGCCUCAAACUCUAGUGCCAACAUGAGCCGAACGCACAGUGACAGCAACCUGUCGGCAAGCGCUGCAGAGAGAAUUCGAGAUUCCAAGAAAAGAUCCAAACAAAGAAAACUUCAGCAGAAAGCUCUGCGCAAGAGGCAGCUGAAGGAGCAGAGGCAGGCCAGGAAGGAAAGACUCAGUGGCUUGUUCCUAAACGAAGAAGUGCUCUCUUUAAAAGUGAAUGAAGAAGACCAUGAAGGGGACGUGGAUGUACUGAUGUGACGAGGGUGAAACUAACAGUGUUCUUCCUAAGUCUUCGCUGAGACUUGCA